AUGGAAGAAAGAAAUGAGAACGGUGAGAAACUAGAUGAGGUUAUGCUACCAGGUUUCAGGUUUCAUCCAACAGACGAGGAGCUUGUUGGAUUUUACCUGAAGAGAAAGGUUCAACAGAAGCCUCUUUCUAUUGAGCUCAUCAAGCAGCUUGAUAUCUACAAGUAUGAUCCUUGGGAUCUUCCAAAGUUCGCCACCACUGGGGAGAAAGAGUGGUAUUUCUACUGCCCCAGAGACAGAAAGUACAGGAACAGUGCAAGGCCUAAUAGGGUAACUGGAGCUGGGUUCUGGAAGGCUACGGGUACGGAUCGCCCUAUAUAUUCCUCGGAGGGUUCCAAGUGUAUUGGUCUGAAGAAAUCUCUAGUGUUCUACAAAGGUAGAGCUGCCAAAGGGAUUAAAACUGAUUGGAUGAUGCAUGAGUUUAGACUACCUUCUCUCACUAACCCAUCCUCAUCCCCGAAGAAGUUCAUUGACAAGACCAUUCCUGCUAACGAGUCCUGGGCAAUCUGCAGGAUCUUCAAGAAAACCAAUGCUACAGCUCAACGAGCUCUCUCUCAUUCUUGGGUCUCACCCUUACCUGAAUCCACCACUUCAGAUCAUAUGCUAGCCGCUGAUAGAUAUGGCAACCAAAUUUCUACAACAAACAUGCCAUUGACAAAGAAAACUAGCUUAGUUAGCCAGUUUUGUACUUUUAAUCACAAUGACACACAACACUCAACCACUACUAGUAGUACCCCUUGCCCUAUAGAUAUUCUAGCUUCUUAUAACAAAUCAAUUAUCAAUCCAUUAAUGCUUCACAAGCCCUUAGAUCUGUUACCCAUUUCAAAUGGAGACCUUAGCACUGGCUUAAUAUUCUCAUCUCCUCUUGAAACUUCAACAAACAGUGCAAAAUCUUCAAUGGAUGUCUCUUCGUUGCUAUUGAGUACCUCAUCUUCCGUGCUUGGAGAAUUUAAUAGGAAAACCUCUGAAGGAAUGAGCACAAACUUUGGUGAGUUACAGGAGCAUUGUAACAGCUACCACAUACCACUACUACGUGACAUGCAAGGGACCUUUGGCAACCACGAUGAAAAUGUACUGGUAAAGAUUCCUCAUGUGAACGUGCAUCGUGUUGGUGACCAACAAUCGGAGACAGUGCGACCCAUUGGGUUUCCAUUCAGUACUAUGCCGUUCAAUAUAAGCGAUGCAUGGAAGUCAAAUGUGCUUUGGGAUUCUUCAUCUUUGUCAUUGUGA